CUUCUCGCUCAGGGAUAGAAAGACUCCUUGAAAGAGAGCAGGCGAACUCGCCUCCAAUUGUCUCAGUCCAACGUCAUGGAAAGACUUACUUUGUGUCGAGGCUGCGAGGAAAUUGAGCCACAGAAACAAUACCGGCUCGCCUGAAACGACUGUUGUGAUUUUGCAAAGGAUCGAGCGAAGAUGCGCAGGAACCUGCUUACGGGACUCACGGAGCAACUUUGUGUCUGAAGGACGGACGGACGGAAAUGUGGAGCUUCCGUCUCACAAUGUAUACGGACACCAUCGCUCUCAACCCAAGUGCACUUUUCGUUUGGAAUUAUUUGCAUCCGGGACCGUUUUCAGGAUCCGUAAUGUGACCAAAGUGGGGGGGGGAAAAACGAGCGGGCCCGGACCACAUUUUUUUUGGAUGAUUAAAAGCAAAGUUUUGUUCCCGGAGCUGGUUGGUGAAACCGGUUUCUUAACUGACUUGUUCGUCACAGGGAAGUAGAAACCUGUACAUUAAGGGGGCGUUUAGGUGCACGCAAAUGACUGCAUGAUUUAGACUAACGAGUGCAUGGAUCGAUGGGCUUGUAGUAUUCUUAUUAGAGUUCAAGUGCGAGGAAUAAGUCGAGUAAACAGCUUUUGACUGACAGUGCCGUUGAACACCUGAUCCGUGUCAAAUGAGAUGAGUUGAAAUAUUCAUUCAGGUCUCCUAGAUGUUUCCAAUACAGCUGCUAGAAACCAUGCGCGUGUAGAUUAUUUGGCGUUAUUGAUAUUGUUUUGUGACUGAUCAAUCUGGACAAAGUCAAGAUGUCGGUGAAAGCCAAAGCCCUAUACACAUUCCAAAGUGAAAACAAAGAGGAGAUUAGCAUCCAGGAGAACGAAGAACUGAUCAUCUUUGACGAGAACUCCGUGGACGGAUGGUUCCAGGGGGAGAACAGCCGAGGGGAGCGGGGUCUCUUUCCGGCGUCCUACGUGGAAGUCAUUCGCACGCGUUCCAACUCCAACGUGACCGACUGCUCCAUCAGCCCGGCGGGUUCUUUGGGGAACGAUUCGUAUUAUCUCAACUCCACCGCCAACACCACCCUCAACUCGCAACCCACUUACUACGAUAUCGACGACGAUGACGACUGGGACGUCUGGGAUGAUGCGUCCACCGUGGUGGAGGACGCUGAUAUCGACCGGAGCCCCGGGGCCAACGGUCACCCGCGUCAGAGCCCGCCGUCCAACAACCCCAACGUGCACUACCGGGCCAAGCCGCCCAUGGAAAGGCAGGACAGCAUCUCCAGUGGCAGGAAAGGCAGCAUGGUGGGCCGUAAUCUGAACCGCUUCUCCAGCUUCGUCCGAUCCGGCGUGGAGGCCUUUGUGUUGGGGGACGUGCCCAUGAUGGCCAAGAUAGCUGAAUCGUACACCAUCGAGAUGAACCCCCUGGGGCCUAGAUGGAAGGAGAGCCCGCAGCCUUUCUCCUGCUCCAUCGAAGACCCCACCAAGCAGACCAAGUUCAAAGGCAUCAAGACGUACAUCUCGUACCGCGUGACGCCGAGCCACACGGCUCGGCCCGUGUACAGGCGCUACAAGCACUUUGACUGGCUCUACAACCGCUUGUUGCACAAGUUCACCGUCAUCUCCGUGCCUCACCUGCCGGAGAAGCAGGCCACGGGACGCUUUGAGGAGGACUUCAUUGAGAAGCGCAAGCGGCGGCUGAUCCUGUGGAUGAACCACAUGACCAGCCACCCGGUGCUCUCCCAGUACGAAGGCUUCGAGCACUUUCUGAUGUGCGCUGAAGACAAGCAAUGGAAGCUGGGGAAGAGGCGGGCCGAGAAGGACGAGAUGGUCGGGGCGCACUUCAUGCUCACCCUUCAGAUCCCCAACGAGCACCAGGACCUUCAAGACGUGGAAGAACGGGUGGACACCUUCAAGAACUUUGCCAAGAAGAUGGACGACAGCGUCUUGCAGCUCACUCACGUCGCCUCGGAGCUGGUUCGCAAGCACCUGGGCGGCUUCAGGAAGGAGUUCCAACGACUGGGCAACUCUUUCCAGUCCGUCAGCCAGUCGUUCAUGCUGGACCCUCCGCACAGCUCCGAGGCCCUCAACAACGCCAUCUCGCACACUGGCCGCACCUACGAGAACAUCGGCGAGCUGUUUGCUGAGCAGCCCAAGUACGACCUCUUUCAUAUGCUGGACACGCUGUCGCUCUACCAAGGCCUGCUUGCCAACUUCCCCGACAUUAUUCAUCUACAAAAAGGUGCCUUUGCCAAGGUGAAGGAGAGCCAGCGAAUGACAGACGAGGGCAAGAUGGACCAGGACGAGGCGGACGGCAUCCGGAAGCGCUGCCGGACGGUGGGCUUCGCUCUGCAGGCCGAGAUGAGCCACUUCCACCGGCAGCGGGAGGUGGACUUCAAGGACAUGAUGCAGGCGUACCUCAAGGAGCAGAUUGCCUUCUACCAGCGCGUGGUGCAGCAACUGGAGCGUACGCUGCGCAUGUACGACUGUCUCUAAGGACGACGCGCGACAAACGCAAGGAUGCUCCCAACUCCAGACUGAUCACGUCACGGACGACGACGGCGUCGCAGCGAUUUGUUUAUUUGACAUAAUUUAAGGUAGGACGUAACGUGUAGGUUUUAAAUUUCUUAGCCAUUCCUUGAAACUAAAGCCAUCAAACGGGUUCAGUCCCCUUCUCUUAAAAAAGAAAAAACAAAAAAACACAAGAAUGUCUUAAACUGUCAGCAUCACUUCCGUUUCCCAGUGAGCAUCCAAAUGUUGCUGAAGUGCCUUAAAGUCGCAUGUCCACCAAGUUCAGAACGGUUGGAAAAAAAAAAUCUGUGGAUUUUGAAGAUCACACCACUGUGGUUAGCAACUGGAGGGUAAAUUACCCAAAAUUAUUUUUGCUACCUUACACAAUUUUUAACCACACACAUGAAAUCAUGCUAACUGUUGAACUGAACCAAAGCGCACCGUGUGGCCGAAACGUACGUUAGACAUUAGUCAGUUGUAUUAUAGCGCAAAGUAGGCCAUUCCACGUUUUGUUAGCAGGACAGACCAGCCUUAUUUUUAGCUAUCCAGUACUCGCGGAGGCUGCCGAUACCGACCACCGAUACUUAAGGAAAAGAAAAUCUACAUUGCAGUAAGUCCUCCUCGGCUCUAGUUGGCGUUACACCGCAGCGCUCCGACACAUCGGCAAAUCAUCUUUAGUGCUUGAAAGAGAUUUUGUUUACAAUGUUUUGUCAUUGUGUUAAAUGAAAUGUUGAGGUAUCGGUAAUCGGUAUCAGUGAGUACUCAAAGAAUGAAAACCCGUGCUGGUAAUGGUCUGAAAAAAUGAGGUAUCAAACAUCCCGAGUGCAAUUUUUGUAAUAGCGGGCUGUCCAUGGACUAACUUAGCAAUUUUUGCAAUGCUAGCGGGAAAUAAACAAAAGCUGAAUUUUUUAGGGAUUCUAAGCAGGAACCUUAAUGAUUUUUUUUUAAUGAUAUGACCAAAAAUGUCACUUUUUGUACGAUAAAAAAAAAGGUGAUUGACAUUUUUAAGUCGUCAGUGUUUGUGUUAUUUUACAUCCACAAUUGUGACGUGUGAAUGCUUUUUAUGACUCUGACACAAAUGAAGAUUUUUGUGUCCGAUUUACAUUCCGCUGUGCUUGUUUUGUUAUCAUGACAUUCCCAAAAGCAGCGAUUCAGCUUCCUAAAGUGAACACAUGCCAUUGUGGCUCCAAAUGUUGCCGUGUGUGUUUUUUUAAUACUCUGACCAUGUCUGUCUGGCAGUUUCUCCCACAAGUCCGAAUUUUCCGACGUCUUUCUUUUUUUUUUUGUCUUUCUUCAAUUGCAGGGCUCAUUUCUCUCUCUGCUUUUGUAAUUGAAUCUGUCCUUGUCUGUGAAGAAAAAUGUGCAGGCAGGCUCUGAAAAAGGAGGACAAAAAUUUUAGUAAAUGAAAAUUCCCUUUGAAAUAAAACGCAUAAAAAAAU